AGGUUAUCUAUAUAGCACCUUUAAAGGCUAUUGUUCGUGAGAGAAUGACGGACUGGAGAAAGCGUCUUGUUUCCCAACUUGGAAAGAAGAUGGUUGAAAUGACUGGUGACUACACCCCGGAUCUAAUGGCUCUCUUGUCAGCAGACAUCAUUAUCUCCACUCCUGAAAAGUGGGACGGUAUCAGUCGUAAUUGGCACAGUCGAAGCUAUGUCACUAAGGUUGGGCUUAUGAUUUUGGAUGAGAUUCAUUUACUUGGAGCUGAUCGAGGACCCAUACUUGAGGUUAUUGUCUCAAGGAUGAGAUACAUAUCUUCUCAAACAGAGCGCUCAGUUCGGUUUGUUGGCCUGUCAACAGCAUUAGCGAAUGCACAUAAUUUGGCUGAUUGGUUGGGUGUUGAUGAAAAUGGUCUCUUCAAUUUCAAGCCAAGUGUGAGGCCCGUUCCUCUUGAAGUUCAUAUUCAGGGAUAUCCUGGGAAGUUCUACUGCCCGAGGAUGAAUAGUAUGAACAAGCCCGCAUAUGCUGCUAUAUGUACCCAUUCACCAACAAAACCAGUUCUAAUCUUUGUCUCAUCUCGUCGCCAAACAAGGCUUACGGCACUGGACCUUAUUCAGUUUGCAGCUUCAGAUGAGCACCCGAGGCAGUUCAUAAACAUGCCAGAAGAUGCACUUCAGAUGGUUCUUUCUCAAGUCACAGACCAGAACUUGAAGCACACCUUACAAUUUGGAAUUGGAUUGCACCAUGCUGGACUGAAUGAUAAAGACAGAUCAUUGGUCGAGGAAUUAUUUGCAAACAACAAGAUUCAGGUGUUGGUCUGUACAAGUACGUUAGCAUGGGGUGUAAACCUUCCUGCACAUUUGGUUAUUAUUAAGGGAACAGAGUACUAUGAUGGGAAGGCAAAAAGAUAUGUUGAUUUCCCAAUCACUGAUAUAUUACAAAUGAUGGGUCGAGCGGGUCGUCCACAAUAUGAUCAACAUGGAAAAGCUGUUAUUCUUGUUCAUGAACCCAAGAAGAGCUUCUAUAAAAAGUUUCUGUAUGAACCAUUCCCAGUUGAAAGUAGCCUGAGAGAGCAAUUGCAUGACCACAUCAAUGCUGAGAUCGUUACGGGAACAAUCUGUCAUAAAGAGGAUGCAGUGCAUUAUCUCACUUGGACCUACUUAUUCCGUAGAUUGGUAUGGUUUGAUGGUCUUAGGGCAGGCAAUUUAGCUUUUGUUGCUCCAAAUUUUCCAUCUUGCAUCAAUCUACUUGAUGCAUGUUUUUCUUUCUGCUAGUAAUCAUAAGUAUGU